UGUUGAGUAGAUGUUGGAGUUUGAAUUGGAACGGAGACGUAAGGAGUUUGAUGUGAGUGGAAAAACAAAAUUCCAUGAAGAUGAGUGAACUAAAUGAAUUAGAAGAAAAUAUGGCAGAUGUAAAUGUGACACAGAUUCCAAUUCAACAAGUUGAAGCAGACUCUCCCAGUGCAGAUAUUACCAUUUUACCAUCUCCCCAAGAAUCAACAAAACCUACAGAAAGUGGAGACUCGUCAGAAACAUACAUUGAGAAAAUGCAACUGGUACUUGAUGGAUUAAAUGUUGCUAUCAGAAGACUGGAUGAACUAAGUUUGCAGAAUGAUGCACGUUACAGCAAAUUAUUGGAUCUCAAAAAACUUGUGGUGGACAGAAUAAGUGAAGAGCAGCAGAAGCAGUUCCAAUACAACACUAAUCAGUUGUAUCAGUUACGGAUGCAGAUCAUGGCCUACCGUAUGCUGUCUCGCAACUUACCUCUACCAACACAUGUUGUCUCAGGUAUACAGACUCCUCAGCUGGGUGCAGGUACUACGUCUACACCUUUAAACUCACAAGCUUCAAGUAGUUUUGGACCAGUUGCUGGGCCCAGCCAUGUUCAGUGUGCUGAUGUUACCAGCACUAACACUAAUACUGGUUCUGCAUCAUCCAUUCCACAACAACCACAGAUACAAAAUCGUAUUACUCCUGUUUCAAGGCCAUCAAAAUUACCACCUGAACUUUUAACAGCUGAGCGUGAACGCAGAUUUAACAAUGUCUUUAGAAGCCACUAUGAGGAUCAAACAUGUCAUUGGACAUUUGAAGUAGAAAGUAUAUAUGACUUACAGCUUUAUAACAACUUUGAAAAUAACACAGACUUCCUUUCCCAGAAGCAGUUAGUGAAGGAAGGUUGA